AUGUCUUUUGAUACAUGUACUUCUUCAUCAAAUGUUGUUUUUGUGGAGAACAAUUUUAUACAAGUGUGGAAGUAUUACCUUUAUUUAUAUAGUGAAUAUCAUUCAAAUGUUGCCCUAGGAAUUUGUAUUAUAGGAAUUCUUCUUAAUAUUGUUACUGUAGCAGUAUUAUCAAGACCAAUAAUGAGAAAUUCAAUCAACAUAAUUCUUUGUUUUAUAGCUAUUUGUGAUAUUAUAGUUAUGUUAAGCUAUGCAAUUUUUAAUUUUCAUUAUUAUGUAACAGCUGGAAUGAGAUGUUCUAUAAGUGAUUGGAGUUACGGAUGGGCUCUUUUUAUGAUGUUUCAUGCUAACAGUAGUGUUAUUGUACAUAGUACUAGUUUAUGGUUAACAGUAUCAUUGGCACAAAUUAGAUUACUUACAAUUAGAAAAGCAACUGUUGGACCAACGGGAAUGUUUAGUGAAAGAGCAACUGUAUAUCUUUCAAUAGCAACAUUUUUUACAAUGUUUAUUGUAAAUAUACCUAAUAUUUUAUCUAUGGAAAUAUUUUCAACAGAUUCUAUACAAUUUUUUAAACCAUUUGGAUGUUUAACAAUAACAAAUUAUGAUGAUAAAGUAAUUUAUAAUUUUCCCUCAUCUGAAAAUGAAACAAUUGAAAAUAUUGAUAAAAUUGAAAGUAAUAUAAAAUAUCUUGCUUAUAGUUAUGUAAGAAAAAAUAACUGUAUAAUGAUUAAAAUAUCUUAUUGGAUAAAUGGUGCCAUCUACAAAAUUGUCCCUUGUGUCUUAUUAACAAUAAGUAUAGUAGCUCUUCUUAAAAUGAUAAAAGAUGUUAAAAAAAGAAGACUUAAAUUAGCUGAGUGUACUAAAAGAAAAAUUCCUAAAGAUCAUACUACACCAAUGUUGGCAUGUGUUUUAAUUAUUUUUUUAAUAACUGAAUUACCUCAAGGAAUACUACAUUUAUUGUCUGGAAUUUAUACACAUGAAUCUUUUCAAGAUCAUAUUAUUAAACCAUUUGGAGAUUUUUCAGAUUUGUUAUCUUUAACUAAUUCAGCAACAUCAUUUAUUAUAUAUUGUACAAUGUCUAGAAAAUUUCGUGCUGUUUUUUUUGCCUUUUUUUGUGAUUGGCUUCCAAAACCAAUAAAAAAACACAUUAGAGAAACAGAUCGUUUUGAAACAAAGACAGAUGCAACAAAAAUCAAAAGUAGUAGAGGAAAUAUAAUUGAAUCAAGUAUGUAUGAUUAUACACAACAUCGUCUUUCUAUAGCAUCAAGUUUUGCUGGUGAAUUAUUUAAUACAAUUAGAGAUGACAGAAAAAUGUCAUGGUUAUCGAGAAAAAUUUCUAAUAUAAAAGUUAAAAAAAAUGAUGCUAAUAAUUUAGAAAGUACUAUAGAACAUAAAAAAUCAAAUUUUUUAACAGUACCAUCAUCUUAUCUUCCAAGAAGAAUAUCUCUUACAAUUGAAGUUGAUAAUAAAUCAGAAGCAAACAUAUCCUUACCAUCAUUUAUUCCUGAGGAUGAAGAUAGUAAAAUAACAAUUCAAUUACCACAAACAAUUAUGAAACCUUCUAUAUCCUCAUUUGCAAAAUCUUCAAGAUACAAAAAACGUUUUGGUGUUUUUAAAAAAAUGGUAACAAAAAAUGGGUCUUCAGAUAAUUACAGGGUAACGAGUCCAGAACGAAGAUUGAAUAAUCUAACAAAAGAAAUUGGAUAUUUAGGGUAA